AUGCGCGUACCCUUCCUCACCGCGCUGCUCGCCAUUCACCCGGUUGCAGCUAUAGACGCGAGCAAUGGAACUCCAACCACCAGCUCAGCGCCUCUAGUCACCAGCCUUAAUCUCACAGUCGAAGACCUGUGGAACAUCUACAUCGGUCCCGUGGAGACCGCAGCGGUCAAUACAACGGUGGAGCCCACUCCAAUCCCAAGCUCUCAACUGAUCCCACCGCCCCAGUUAUACUAUCCCUCCUACCUGACCGGCGCCCAGAUUCCCGCCCAGGGAAAGAAUGAUAGCUGGUCCUUCCCCAAGGGAUUCUGGUGGGGCGUCACCAGUGCCUCGUACCAGGUCGAGGGGGCUGUCAAAGCCGACGGCCGUGGCCCCAGCAUAUGGGAUGCCUUCACGCAUCGAGCAAUGAGUGUAGCUGAUAAUCAAACUGGGGAUGUCGCAAUUAACCAGUACUACACCUACAAAGAGGACAUCCAACGCAUCGCCGCCAUGGGCGUCAAAGCCUAUUCCUUCUCCAUCUCCUGGUCCCGGAUCUUUCCCUUCGGCAAUGGCCCAAUCAACGAAGCUGGUCUCCAGCACUAUGACGACGUGAUCGACACCUGCUUGGAAUACGGGGUGCAACCGCAGGUCACCCUCUACCACUGGGACCUGCCACUCUUCCUGCAGCUCUCAUACGGCGGAUGGACCUCCGAGAAAAUCGUCGACGACUAUCUCGCAUACGCUCGCGUACUCCUAACCCGAUGGGGCAGCAAAGUAGCGCAGUGGUACACGUUCAACGAGCCCAUCUCCUUCUGCGGCGAGUACCCCGUGCCGGACGGCUACUUCACCACAACAACAACCAUCCCCGCCCACCAACAAAAGUUCUGGUGCGGACACUACAUGCUCCUGGCAGCCGGCAAGACCUACAACCUCGCACGGUCCCUAAACAUCACCGCUCCAAUCAGCGUUAAGAACAACGGCGGGUACAAACUACCCCGAACGAACUCCAGCGCGGACGCCGAAGCCGUCGAACGAGCCUGGGCCUUCAACGAAGGAUGGUUCGCCGACCCCCUAUUCUUAGGCGACUACCCAGCCCGCCUCAAGAAUCUCACAUCCAGCUUCCUGCCCGAGUUCACCGCGGCCGAGAAGAGCCUCAUCCAGGGCGCGAGCGACUACUUCGCGCACGACGCCUACACCGCGGCCUACUACAUGGCGCCCGACGCCGGGAUUGAGGGCUGCCUCGCCGACCCGAGUAACAGCCUCUACCCGCAGUGCUACAAUUCGACCUACACCUUGCCCGCAAGCGAGGGCGGGUGGCUGAUCGGUCCGGCCUCCGACCCCAACACGCGGUGGCUACACAAGGCCACGGAGUGGCUCCCCGCGUUCCUGCACUACAUCCAGCGCACGUGGCAGCCAGCCAACGGCAUCGUCAUCACGGAGUUCGGCUGGACCGAGCCCUUCGAGGCCUACAAGUCCAAGCGCGAGGAUAUCCUGUCCGACCCGGUCCGGUCCGCGUACUACCGUGAUUACGUGGAGGCCAUGUUGAUCGCCGUGGCGGAGGGGGUCAAUCUGGUAGGGUGUCUGGCGUGGUCCAUUGCCGAUAAUCUCGAGUGGACGGCCGGGUUUACGGUCAAGUUUGGCUUGCAGUAUGUCAACCUAACCACCCAGGAGCGGUUCUACAAGGCCAGCUUUUUCGAGCUGGCGAACCUCUUCAAGACUUAUAUCAAGGAGUGA